UUCUCUGUUGUGAAAAUGUUGUUUGUUUACAGUGCACGUUAUUACUACUGGAACACCGAGACAGACCUGGUGUCGUGGCUUCCUCCAGGACACCCUCGCUGCCAGGUGUCGCGCUCAGCUGCUACCCUUCGCAAGGAAAUGGCAACAGAACUGAGCAAGAAUCGCUCGGGAGGUUCAGAAAAUGAUACCGAGAUGACCGGAGUAGAGGAGGAGGAAGAUCAAGACGGUGAUGACCACAUGAGUGACAGAUCUGAGGGAUCUGGCGAUGAGUCGACACAACGAGAGAAGAGGGAUCACGACCGUCGAGAGCGGAGCCGAGAGAAAGGCAGCAGGGAGCGUGGCAAAGAGCGCAGGGGCCGCAGGCAACCCCCCACCGAAGAGUUAGACCCCAUGGAUCCUGCGUCGUAUGGGGAGUGUGGCAGGGGUACUUGGGCAUCAGGACUUCCUCAGAGAAAUGAAGCACGCACCGGGGCUGAUGUAACAGCCAGUGGACCAUUGUUCCAGAUGCGACCUUAUCCAUCUCCUGGAGCUGUUCUUCGAGCUAAUGCUGCUGCAGGACCCAUCGGACCCAAGAAGACUUGAGUCAUUUCCCAGUGUUAACGCACAACACACACGGUUCUGCUGUUGGCUGAGUCAUCCACCUCACUGCUGCUAGCUGAAUCAUCCCUCAAUGCUGCUGGCUGAAUCAUCCACCUGAUUACUGCUACUAGCCGAGUCAUCCAUCGCACUACUGCUGCUGGCAAAGUUGAUCCUCUGGAUUACAUCCCACUUGGAUGGUUGUCUGUUAGUAUGCAAUUUAAUGUCAUGUAACCUAACUAACCUAACAUGAUUAUUUAACUAAAAAUGGUAAAAAUCACGUAAGACAGACGAUUGUCCAAGUGGGAUGACACCGCUGAGUCACCCAUCUCAUUACUGCUGCUGACUGGGUCAACCACACAGAUGGUCAACAGAUAGCCAACUGUUCAUGGAGUUUGUAAUUAUUUUGGUGUAUACAAAAUGUGAUGUAAUGUUUCGUAAGUAAAAUAAAGUAUUAUCCUUA